AUGGUAGCCAUUCUGAAGAGACAAAGAGAAACAGAAUCCGAAGAGAUUAACGAUUUGGCGAAGAGUCUCGUGCUACUCUCGCGCCUCCAACAAAGCAAACCUCCACUCGAGAGUUUUUCGCCGCACGAGUUCCAGUGCAAGACGUGUGACCGCAAAUUCCCGUCGUUCCAAGCGCUCGGGGGCCACCGGGCCAGCCACAAGAAGCCCAAGCUCGAGGGAGAAGAGGGGAGGGAUCUGAGUUUGGGCCGGAAGCCCAAAACGCACGAGUGUUCGAUCUGCGGACAGGAAUUCUCGUUGGGCCAGGCCCUGGGAGGGCACAUGAGAAAACACCGGGGCCAAGGGUUUCCUUCCAUUGUUGCUUCGGCGCCGGUGCUGAAACGUUCGAAUAGCAGCAAGAGGGUGAUGUUGUUGAAGAUGGACCUGAACCUAACGCCGUUGGAAAAUGACUUGAAGUUGUUGUUCGGGAACAAGGCUCCUCGAGUCGAUCUUUCGUUGUAG